CCUUUAUUUGGCAUCGGUGCUAUGGCCGAAUACACUGCGCUAGCAAGCUUGCUACUUUGACGUUUAUGUUUGACAAGGUCUUAAUUGAUCAACCGGCGUUGUUUUGUACUUGACAGUUUUUGCAUGGAUUUUGCUCCAGCAUUUUCGUGGCACACAUUCAAUAACCGAACCAAUGCAAUGGCUGUCUGGGUUUGAGCUUAAUUUCUCAUGCUAAUAGCUAGCUAGCCAUCAAGCUAUACAAAAGAAAGGACAUUAGCUAGCCAAGCUAGUUAGCCGAUGUUAGAUAGGUCCUAGCUAUCUAACUACCCAUCCGAGAAUUGCUUUAAGUAUUUUGUUGCCCGAAAACAGGUGGACAAUAUAGCCAGUAGUAUUAGCUUGUUGUCGUUUUCUAAGGGAAAGCAUCUAUCGGGUAAUUCCGAGCCUCAAUGCCCGAACAAGGCCCGAGAAUGAAUGGUUUUUCCCUUGGCGAACUAUGCUGGCUGUUCUGUUGCCCUCCAUGUCCCAGUCGUAUAGCGGCUAAACUGGCAUUUCUCCCCCCGGAGCCCACGUAUUCUGUGCACACCGAUGCUAACGGGACCAGUAGUUUACAUUUAACCGAGCGCGCGGACUGGCAGUACUCCCAGCGGGAACUGGAUGCUGUCGAGGUGUUUAACACCAGGACCAGUAGGGGUAACCGGGUUGGCUGCAUGUUCGUACGCUGUGCCCCAAACAGUCGGUACACAUUGCUAUUUUCUCACGGCAACGCAGUAGACCUGGGCCAGAUGUGCAGUUUCUACAUCGGCCUUGGGUCCAGGAUCAACUGCAAUGUAUUCUCCUACGAUUAUUCAGGCUACGGUGUCAGUAGCGGUAAGCCGUCGGAGAAAAACCUAUAUGCAGAUAUCGAGGCGGCUUGGCAGGUGCUGAGAAACAAGUACGGAGUGACUCCAGAGAACAUCAUCCUGUACGGCCAGAGCAUCGGCACAGUGCCCACGGUGGACCUGGCCGCGCGCUACGAGUGCGCCGCCGUCAUCCUGCACUCUCCCCUCAUGUCUGGCCUCCGCGUCGCCUUCCCCGACACGCGCAAGACCUACUGCUUCGACGCCUUCCCCAGGUGGGUGAUGAGGGGGAGGGGGGCUGGCCUGAGCUGGCCUGGCCCGGCCCAGAUAGAUGUGGAGUACUUACGAGGCCAUCUCAGCGGACCUCAGGUGCUUGUCUAA